UGGGUGGUCAAAUGCAGGGCUAAGGGCGAUGUCCCUUGUGCAGACUCAGGGUCUUAAUUGGUGCCCUUCCUGAAUGCCUGUCACCCGGCUCAGGAAGACUGCUGGGUUUCCCUCUUUGGGUUCUGCGUCACUUCUGGGACCUUGUCAGAAUCUAGGCUUUGCCAUCCACCUUUUCAUUGCUUCUGACAGACGAGAAAUAUACUGUCCCAUCCUGGCCUGUGUGCUUGUGACCUUCCGAGUGUUACCCCUGCUUGAGCCAUGUGGUGGUGUGGAUUGGUGGCCACUGGGCUCUCUGUGUGGUUUAGGGGUGUCUUUGCCUCCUUCUGAUAAAAGGCACACUGGUUUUAGCCCAGGUAUUUUCUUGUGCACAGGAGUCCAUUCAAUGUCUUGGUUACCAUGGGGGACAUCACUGGAGGUAUGAGGAGGUUUGUUCGGCUGAAGGCUCCAUGUCCCUGCACGUUGCAGGCUGGGAGGUGGCCAGGCCUUCUCCGGGGUCAUAGGAGCCACUUCUACUCCCUCCUGUCCUGCUACUGGGCACGCUCAUCGGCUCCUGGCUGCCCACCCACCCACCAUGCCCGAAGGAACCCAAGAAGCUCCUGCUGCUCCUGGAGGCCAUCUAGGAGAAGAGAGGGGGUGAAUCCCCGGCUGAAACACCCUGCACUACCCCUGCAGACACCGCAGCACCAACGACAAGAAACCGGGCACCGGUGGCCCCCAAUCACGUGCAGGAGGUGCGCCUGUACCGGGUGGAGUCCAUCAGCGAUCUACACAGCGGAGGUCCACUGUGCCCCUACCUGGCGGAAGAGGCGCAGCCAUGGGACGAGCUUCUGGGUAUCCUGCCUCCAUCACUGUGCGCCCAGACCGGCUGCAGCCCUGUGCACAGUCGCGGCGGCUUCCUGCUGCUGCUUGCGCUGCUGGUGCUCACCUGCCUGGCGCUCGCUGUCCUGGCAGUCUACCUGAGUGUGCUGCAGAGUGAGUCCCUCCGCGCACUGGUGCACACGCUGCGCGCGCAGGAAGAGGUGCUACUCAAGCUCCGGCUCGCCAGCCUCAGCCAGCUGCGGAGACUCAAUUUCAGUGAAACCCGAGCACCUAGCUGAGAAGCCCCUUGGACCUGGGGCCUGGGGGGGUAUUUGUAGGGGAGAUAAAGUGGUCGCUGACAGGUUUCUCCUCUCCCACUGCGACUUGACACUUCCUUGGUGAGGGUUUUGUAUGACCCUGAGGUGACCCCAAGGCUCCCUGCCUUUCUUGGCUUCUCAGGCUAGACCUAGCCAAGCAUUCUAAUGCCAAGCCCUGCUUUGGGUGGCCCAAGGUUAGGGGAAGCAACACCAGCCUCCUGGCUCCUCCUCUGGCCUCCUGCAGCUAGAGGUUCAGGAGUCUAGAAAUAGUUGCUCACCCCAGUCACCCAAACUGCCAGGCCCCCUGGUGGGGGUCCAGCCUCAGCUCUCAGAAAACAGGCUGGGCUCUGAGCAGGGGGAGGAAGGCCACUGGGGAGAGACUAUCUUGGAGGGCAAAGGGGAGCUGGAGAUAAGGAGGCCCAGCUGGGUCAAGCCUGGGUUAGUGGAGAGAGAGAGGGAGGUCAGGCACAAACAGCCAGAAGCCAGGGCCACAGAAGGCUGAGCACUGUUUAAUUAUCUCUAAUACCCUUUAAAAAUCAGCACAUAAAUCCAUUCCAGGUAGUCUCACUUCCCCACCUGUUGUAGUGGCAUGUGUCCAGAUCCCACCCCCUGGAAGUGGUUCAGCCCAGGGGAGCAAGACCUGAGAAAGGAAGGCACAGCCCUCUUCUGCCUGCCCCACAGCCCUGUGACAGGCUCACAGCUGGCCUGGCCUGAGACAGGGCAGGAAGAAGCCACAGGGCUGAGUGCAGGGGCAAAGUGCCAGGGUCCCAAACGGCCUGGCCUCUAGCCACCCAUACUCAUCUCUGUUUUUGGUUUUGUCAUUAAAAAAAUAAAGUGACAAUUCCUGGCAAGUA